CAUCAUCGACGUGCGCCGCGUUCGGUGUGCGACCAUAACAACGCCUGAAAACCCUCACUUUUAUCGAUAUCAUUGAUAGUGAAUUAUUGAUCAGAAUUUAUUCGCACUGCCUUUAAGGUCCUGCACACCUCAUCCCUGAGACCGACACACGACAUUUUUCAACGUGCAGAUUAGAAAACUGCAUCCAAACUGCCAAGAAUUCCAAUUCCAAGAUCCAGCGUUUCCGUUUUAAUGGAGGAAUCCUGCUAAAAACACAAAACGGGUGGAGAGGAUCCCGUGAGGAAUGGGGUAGAGUUUGCGAUGAGGGUCCCGGCAGCAAAUAGCUCCAUUAGGGCAGAAUCGGGCUCGGGUGAGAUGCCUGAAAAUGGACGCUCCAGGAGGAAACGGGUGCCGAAGACGUGCGACUGCUGCGGGCCCAACGGCAAGCCCCACGUGCCAGGACACGAGCAGGUGUCGAAGAAGCGUGGCCGCAAGAAGAAAGAGAUGGUGAGCCAAGAAGAAGUAGUGGCGGCGGAGGAGGAGGUGGUGAGCUCGUCGGCAGCGGACUCAGUUGUGACUUUGGAAGCGGACGCAACUUCUGAGAUGGAGGAGGCACCGUCUCCUAAAGAGAAGCCAGACCUUUCUCAAACUGAGAGUGGGAGUGAAAGCACCGUCAUCGUGAACGGCUUGGAGAACAGCGCUCAUACCAACUGUGCGCAUCCCAGUGACACCAAAGAGCUGAGCUCCACAGAGCAGAGUUGUCCUGUUGAGAGCAGUUCUGCCACACAGAAUGACUUAAUACAGAAACCCCAUGAUUCUUCCUUGAUCAGCACAGAGCCAGACGUUUCCACUCACUCUGAUGCAAUGGAAACCGAGCCGCCCAGCUUGAGCGCUGGUGUAAACAAGGCUUUCUGGGACCAUCACUACUGCAAACCCAUCGCUGGAGAGAACAGGAACGACUCAACGGACCAGACGGGCCAAUCGACGGCAUUACCUCCUGUUGAAUUCACAACUGAGGGCAUCAUUGAGUGUAUUCACGAAUUCCUGGAGCAGUUCUAUGGGAAAUACGGAAGCUUCACCCCGUUAAGUGAUACCGACGUGCUUGAUCACUUAAAUAAGAUGUUUCAGUCUGAUCUAAAUGACAGGAUGAAGCUGAUAACGGCAGAAGUGGUCAAGUACAGGGCUGGUCUGGCCUGUGCUCCUAUGCAUUUCUUCCAAGUGACCUACAACAAGCACACUUUGACCUUAGAUGACCUUUCAACACUUGAUGACCAAAACUGGGUCAAUGAUCAGGUGAUUAACAUGUAUGGAGAAUUGAUCAUGGAAGCUACAAAUCAUAAGGUUCAUUUCUUCAACAGUUUUUUUUACAGACAGUUUGUAGCAAAAGGUUAUGAAGGAGUGAGACGAUGGACCAAAAAGGUUGAUCUGUUUUCUAAGACAUUGAUUCUGAUUCCUCUCCACCUGGAGAUCCACUGGUCGCUCAUAACCGUGGACGUCUCCAAGCAAAGCAUCAACUUCUACGACUCCCAGGGCAUCCUGUUCAAGUUCGCUGUGGAUAACGUCAUGAAAUACAUCCUGGCAGAAGCGAAAGAGAAGAAGCAACCCGUCUUUCAGAAGGGCUGGAAGAUGGUCAUCAACAAGACCAUUCCACAGCAGAAGAAUGACAAUGACUGUGGAGUUUUUGUCUUGGAGUACUGCAAGUGCCUGGCGUUCAUGAAGCCGCUGCUGUUCACUCAAGAGGACAUGCCAUGCGUCCGCAAGAGGAUCUACAGAGAGCUGUGUGACUGCAGACUGUCUGACUGUCUAAACCAAGACAAAGCCACAUAGAUCUCAAAGACUCAUAGACUCGUGUCUGAAUGAACACAACAGGAGCGAAGGGACUUCACAACAAGACAAAGAAACCCAAAGUUCUGGUCAGGCAAAGCUAGCAAUUCCCAAUAUUUGAGCCUGUCCAAUCAUUCCUGUUGGUUCAGCCACUGAAAAGGCUUGCUGGAGUUUUUCAGGUCACGUUUACCUCUUCGCAUUACAUCGGCGGCUCAGAUAUGCCUUUUUCCAGCGUCCUCAACCUUGAAAUUAACAAAGCCUGUGACGACCUCUCAGAGAACCAGGUGGCUGUUCGGAAACGAGAAAAUCCUCAGCAACGGAGACGUUUUUUCGUUUUCUGGCAACCACAAAGAAGCGUGUGGAUAUUUUGUUUAAACGUAUUUUAUUUUAAAUUUCAUUUAUGACGUUCAUCUUAUAACACAGCCAUAACACAGAUUAUGUGUUUAUAUCAGGUUUCUUUUUGUAAAGAGCAUAGGUUUUGCUUUGCAGUACAAAACUUGAAGGACUUUCAUCGUUUAUAAAUGUCACACCGCUGUUGAGGUACAGAAGCAUUUAUAAAGGCUUUUAAUGAAUGUACUGUUAAACACCAGAAUCCUACUUGUACAGACAAGCUUGUAACUUGAAAGCAAAUUUUGUGGCGAUACCCUUAAAGUCCUGGACCAGAUUGCUUUUUUGGAUCAUCCUCAAAAUAUGUUCCCAGAUGUUCUGCGGUUUCUAAUGAAAAAGCCGCAGGAUUGAUGCUUAAUAUCAAGCUGCUUGCUGUAAACCGCCGGCAUUAUUUGGCCAUUCUGUUGUUGCAAACUGCUGUUCUCUCACUUCUGAGCACUUUCCGUUGUUUUUCUCGAAUACGUCAACGGUUAAAAUAGAUUUUGUAGCAUGUAGACUUGUCAUUAAUUGAAGUCAGUUAAAGGUCAUUUUUAAAUGAGCACAGAGCAGUGAAAGCUGCAGGUUUUUGCCUUUUAUUUAUACUCUUAUUAAUGGUGAAGAUUGAUUUGAAAAACAUCAUCUAAACCAUUCUGUCAUAAGCUGAAGGCCAAGCUAAAAAGCUUGUUGCGGUUGUGAUUUGCUUGAGUUGUCAUCAUUACAGCCAUCUUUUCUGUUCUGUGACGCGCGUUUUUUCUACCUUGUGAUGCAGUUUGGUACAAAAAUGUCAGGAUAGUAAAUUUAUACUUUUGUCGGUGACCCACCAUUCAAGAGCGAUACUGUCAUUUAGUUACUUGAACUUUACCAACGAAUCAUAACCUCAGACUGAGUUUCUGACUACUAGUUUCAUCAUUAUUUAAAAAUACAUAAAACCAUGUUGAAUAACCAGUGUUGUGUCUGUUAUUGUGUUUGCAAAUGCGUAUGUAUGAAAGGUGGUUAACCCUCACAAGAUGCUGAUUUUCCACCUCAAGGUCAGUGUAAAUGUUAAAAACUUUCAAAACCCUGUUAUCCAAAUAGUUUAGAAUGCUGUUUUUAAAGUAAUAAAGUAGUUUUAUAUACAUUGAAAUGGGCUGAAGUUCA